AGUGUAACUACUGUUUACCUAAGACCUUCUGGAUCCAGACCAAAGGCUCCAGCUCACGGGACUCCUCAGCAGGAAGAAGGCUGCAGUCUUGAAUCCCUAGUGGAGGACGGACUCUAUCAUUCUCUGUGGUCUUACCCUGAUGAUGAAAGUGUGACUGCUGGCAUCUUCAUGAGCUCCAGAGGUCACAGCACGCUCCCACGGACUCUCAUGGCUCCUCGGAUGAUUUCCGAGGGAGACAUAGGAGGCAUUGCUCAGAUCACCUCCUCUCUCUUCUUGGGCAGAGGCAGUGUGGCCUCCAACCGGCACCUCCUCCAGGCCCGGGGCAUCACCUGCAUCGUGAAUGCUACCAUCGAGAUCCCCAACUUCAACUGGCCCCAGUUUGAAUAUGUUAAAGUGCCUCUGGCUGACAUUCCUCAUGCCCCCAUUAGACUGUACUUUGACACUGUGGCCGACAAGAUUCACAGCGUGAGCAAGAAGCAUGGGGCUACCUUGGUGCACUGUGCUGCAGGUGUGAGCCGCUCGGCCACCCUCUGUAUUGCAUACCUGAUGAAAUUCCACAAUGUGUGCCUGUUGGAGGCAUACAACUGGGUGAAAGCCCGAAGGCCUGUCAUCAGGCCCAACGUGGGCUUCUGGAGGCAGCUGAUAGACUACGAGAGCCAGCUCUUCGGGAAGUCGACAGUUAAGAUGGUACAGACACCCUAUGGCGUCAUUCCAGAUGUUUAUGAGAAGGAGUCCCGACACCUGAUGCCUUACUGGGGGCUUUAGUGUUGCCACAGCUGGCAUCCACAGCCCCUCAGCAGUACCAGCAUCUGCCACACACAGUCUCCUCCCCUCUGACUCUCUCUGGUUCUCCCGAGAGUGUUUCUACACUUGUGUCCAGGUUUAAAAGACAGGGAGGGGAAAUACAUACAUUGCUAGUAAUGUUUUUUAAAACUAGCAUUUUGAAAUAGCAAACAUGAAAACCUUCAACUGGCCUUUACUCAUUUAUAACAGUGUAGGAUACUGUUCCUGCUUUCUUUCUGGCUCCCAAGCCUUUUGGAGCCUUGGCAGGUGCAGGAGGAGUUCACUUCAACGAUCACUUAGGGCCCUGAUUAAUCCUCUAGAGACUAGUUUUGCCCAUGGCUUGCUGGCUGGACUGAUGUUUAGGGGAUAUCAAGGCCAGCUCAGUCUCGAUUAGCUUGGUCCUUUCUUUUCUUCUGUUAUUUAGCGAUUCUAUAAGUUAACUUAACCAUUGUUAUUUAGUUGAUAAGUAAUUAUGAUGAAUCUGUUGCAAAGACCCUCUUGAAAUCAGUGUGCCCUGGGAUUAUAUUAGCAUUAUUUUUAAUAAACCUAUCUGCUUAACAUAA